UCUCCGUAAUCUCAAUUAAAAGAAAGUUCUGAAAAAUUGCUGAUUCUUAACAACCAACCUUGAACCUUGACAAUGGAAGAAACGAAAACCCUAAAUUCAAUCCCUUCCCAAUCUCUCUCACCUUCUACUCCAUCCCAAGAAUCAACAGAAACGAAGCACCGGAACCCUAGCACAACCUCUUCCACACCCACUCCACGACCUUCUUCUGUGACUCGUAUAUGGAGACCAGCUGCACAGCGAAACCUCAGAAACCAGUGGUCCAAAUUGGCUUCAUACAGGCGAGACUGGGCCUCUUCUUCUUCGAGUGGUCGAUCACACGCCACUUCCAUCGUCAACUCCUAUCUCUCACAAAGGUACAUGGACGCUAUGGACUUUGGUGUUUUGAGUGACAUGCCUGAUAUUAGAAAGAAAGCUUGUCGUAAAUUGUUUAAGCAACAAGAGCUUCAUCGGGGCAAACUUUUAUCCAGUUACGAGGAUAUGGUAGCUGUUGUAAAAAACAUGGUCAACACUAGUGGAUCAAUGAGGUGUUUCCUUAAGGGCACUAGUAGUAGUCCGCUUGUUCAAUUUUCUAGCUGUUCUGAGGAUAAGGAUGACAAUGGUGAUGGUGGGGGGAUCCCAAUAUUUACAUUUUGGUCAAUUUCUUCCUUUGAAAAAUUAGCACUUGAGCUUGUUCAGAUGUUUGCAUUGGAAUUAAAUUUGAAGCGGUUGCUUGUAGUGGAGUUACUCUCACUUUGUUCUGAAGAAGUUCCAAUCAGUGAAUUUUGUUGGUCAGAUGAACUCUAUCCUGGAGAAUUUGAUGAUUUGAGUACAUGCAGCUUGUAUUCCAAAGAAGCUUGUAAGCCUAAUCUUCCAAAAAUAAAUGGGUGGAAAUCUGAUACACCUGCUGAAGGAUCUAACCAUCAACUAAACCAUGAGAUUUUACAGGUUUACUUAACAACCUGGCUUGCAGAGGUUAACGUAGAUGUAUACAGGGUUGAUGAAAUAUUUGCUGUCAUCGGAGAGGAAAUGCAUGUUUGCCUUUCUUGAACCUGCUUCAGUGUUAGCAGUUGAAUUUGAAGGAAAAGGCCAAUGGAAAUUCUACAAUUGCACAACUUUGACCGGGGCUGCAAAUGUUUGGAAUCAGAAUCUAAAAUAAUUUGGAAGUCUUGGAGGGAUUGGCAUCCCCAUUAUACAUGGAAUUCUUGCUGCAAAAUCUUGAGGUAAAUCGAAUGUUACUCAAUACCUUCUCUGACAUCAUGGUGUUAUGUUAAUGAGGAAGGAAUGAAAGUUUAUUUGGCUCGAUCGCCAUAUUUUAUAUGGUAUAAAUGAAUGAAUUGUGUAAGAAUCGUAGCAAUAGAUUCUGCGAGUGCAGCUUGGAUGCAAUUACAACUGCUAAUCUCGUUGGAUGCAAACAGGACCAGCUUUUCUUUUCGGCUGAUUAGUCAUAGUAGUGUCUCUGUGGUGCCUGAGAAAUUUUUAGAUGGUGCCUGCUUCGGCAUGACAUGGUGAUUCCUUUCUAAUUGGGCAAAGGUGCAUUAAAGAUAACAAUCAUACAUUUCAUGUCUGAUGGUUUUUCGUC